AUGGAGAAGAAGCAACCCAGUGUUGAUCGGCUUGAUGUCCGUGCCCUGACAAACCACAACUCGCUAGUACUUACGAGCACCACCCCAGAGAGCACAAGUACAAUUGGGGGUACUAUAGUUUCAUCAUUCAGUACCUUGGAAUCUACGAUCCAGUCGAUGCCCUCGAUCUAUUCAGAGAUGGGGAACUUAUCAGAUCUUGACAUCAUCGUUAAUAUGAUGGAAACACCUAAUGGUGAAGAACAGAGAAUCCUGGACAACAAUGAGGAGAAAAUUAGCUUCCUCCAUGCCAUUUCUGCUAGUUGCAUGGCUGCGCAGAAAAGUGGCAAGGACACCUUGGAUCUCCCAUACACGAAGAAUGAAUUGGUGGAAGCACUUCUGAUGGUGAUGGAGACACUGCCUGUUCACUCUGUGCCAUCGUUCCUCCUAUCCUGCUCAAUGCUCACGGUCUACAACCUCAGCAAAAUGAAGCCCCCAUUUGAUCCUGAGCAAUUGUCUGGUAUCUUGCGGCUGGCUCUCCAUGGCAUUUUUAACAUGGAUACACAUUUGGAAAAUCCUCACAGCCAGGCUCUCUACCAAUCGUCUGCAGACACAAUGGAGAUCAUGCUGAAGGGCUUGCUGUCUGAGGUUCCAACUACAAGCCACCUGAUGUUUAUUUUGAAGCACAUCAACUUCUGGAUUCAUUCCAACAAUCCCCAAGAGAGAUAUAGGUCUGUCCUCUGCAGCACCACUGUGUUGCGACAUGCUCUUCUGCUGCCAGAUUUCAACAAGUCCAGUGAGCUUCCUGCCUUGGGACACCACGUGGCACAGUUUGGAAUCUGUAUCACAGAUACGAUGAAAGAUGUGAGCAACCAGGCCAGGUUGACUAUCAGCUGCCUUUAUGAGCUGCUGCUCGAUCAGAUGGGGCUGAGCGUGAGUGAGGCUGAAGAACUGUGGUGCCACAGUUACGAAGACCAGAAAAUGCUGGCUUACGUGGAUUCCUGCAGGGUGGGUGAGCUGUUCAGAAACAUCUUCACAGAAGAUCAGACGAGAACCUUUCUGGAGACAUCUUUGCGGGCCAUUUAUAAUCCUGAGCUAAGGAUAAGAGAGGCUGGGAUCCUCCUAGUGUUUUCCCACCUGGGGAAGGCCAAUGAGAUAAUGGCGGAUAAGGCAGAAGACAUAGCGGAGAAGAUAUACCAGCAGAUCUACAAGCUUCAGAUACUCAGAGAGGUCCCAGAAGCAUUGCAAUGCUUCUUUCCAAGUAGAGGUGAAAUGAUGCCCGAGAGUGAAAAGGAUGCGCCAUAAUAUUCCUUCGGGCGGGAAGGAGAGGACAGCAGCAGAUCAGACUUCUCCUCUGUGUGUUUUCAUUCGGCCUCUUCUGCAGAGCUUGUCUCUUCUUCAACCCCAACCACUGAGGCGCAAAGGCAGCUGCCUAGGAACCAAGAGGGACUCCAGGGAUGGCUUCUUCCCAGAACCAGCAUUGUACCGGAUCUCAGAGCAGCACUGGCUAGAAAAUACACUUGGGAGCUUGGGGGGGGGGCAUAUCGCUGGGCGCAAUGCCAACAGACAGAGGGCAGACAGAGAGGUGCACCUGCUGGGCACACACCCAUAAGUGAUCCCCAAAGCAUGACACAAACUACUUUUACUUUUAUUUAUUUUUACUUUUUUACAAUUAACUGAGCAUUGCAAUUCCUUUCUCUUGCUGUGUAUUUUGCUGUGAAUUGUUUUUGCUUAGGCUGGAGUUUAUCUUGUGUUGCACUGAAUUUGUGUGUGUGUGU